AUGGAUGACGAGGAUUUAGAAUUCGAUAUCGAUGAUGAAUUUGGUUCAACUAUAAAUACCAAUAACCCGACAGUGGCAACAAAAACAACAAUAAAUAACAAAGAAAGUGAAACACAGGCUUCAAAAAAGACAGUAAAUAAAUUAUUUAAUUUUAAUAAAAGAAAUGAUGAAAAUAAUUUCAUUAUAGAUGAUCUUGAAAGUAAUGACAGUAAUAAUUCAAAAAAAGAUCAACAACAAAAGACACCACCUCCAAAACAACAACAACAACAAAAGACACCACCUCCAAAACAACAACAACAACAACAACAACAACAACAACAACAACAACAAAAUAUAUCACCACCAAAACAACAACAUCAGCAAAAUAUAUCACCACCAAAACAAAAACAACCUUUAUUUAAAUCAAACAAUACCUCACCAACCCAAAUGAAACAAAAUGCAUAUGUUAACGAUUUAGAAGAGAAUAUGAAUAAAAGACUUAAAGGUGAAUUUAAUUUUAAACAAUCUAAAACAAGCGAUCAAGAUAUUAAUGUGAGCAAUCAACAGCCACAACAACAACAGCCACAACAACAACAACAACAACAACAACAUCAACAUCAACAUCAACAUCAACAUCAACAUCAACAUCAACAUCAACAUCAACAUCAACAUCAACAUCAGCAUCAACAAAAUAUUAAUGAAAGAAAAUUGCCAGGUCCAGCAGGUUUAUUACCACCAAGAUUACCUGGAGAGCCUAUAAAUAGCAAAAAGACAUUGAAAUUUUCGGAUAAUGACAGAGAGAAUCAAUCACUUUUUAUAAAAAAUAAAAAUAAUAAUAAUUUUGACGAAAAUAAUCAAGAUUUUAUCAGAGGUCCUUGGAUACAAAUGUUAAAAGAUAGACAAUUGCCACCUUUUAAAAAUGAUGAUAAAAAUUUAUUGAAAUAUAAUAUCGAUUUUGUAUUAAACGAGGGAUUUUUAAAAAAGGUUCCAUAUUUGAUUGUAUGCAUUAAGAGUAUGACAGGAAGUGAUAGCGAUUUCCAAGUUGUUGUUUCCGAUCCAUCAGGCGAAAUGAAAGGAACAAUUAAUAAAAAAGUUUUACAAGAAAAUAAUUAUUCAGGAAUGGUACCAGGUUGGAUAUUGGUUUUAAAAAAAGUAUCAAUUUUUAGUCCAACUCCAAAAUCACAUUAUAUCAAUAUAGUUUUACCAAAUAUAGAGUUUGUUUAUGAAAAUCCUAUUACCUCAGGAUCAAAAGAAAACCAGCAAAAGCUUUUAGGUGUUACCAAAGAGUUUGAUGAGAUGAUUGAAAAGUAUUAUGGAGGUCAAAUAGAAAACUAUAAUCCAAUGUCAAUUUUUCAAGAUAUUCCAAAAAGAUCAGAGGAGGAAAUUCAAAGAGAGGUUGAUGGAAACAGAUUACAGAAAUCACUUCAAAAUCAAAAAGCUGCAAAUCAACUUCAACGAUUAGAACCCCCACCACCAAGUAAAUUUUCAAAGAAAAAAAUUUCAGCUACACCAACUAAAAAACAAUCUCCUACAACUAAAACAACAACAACAACAACAAAAAAACAAAUUGCAAAUUGUAACUAUGAAAAGGAUGAUGGUAGUUUAAGAGCAAAUACAGGUAAUAAAUUAAAUACAAAGAAUUCAAUUGGCGAUUCAUCCAACACAAUCCCUUUAAAAACCAUACAACCAAACGACAGUACCUCUUUAACACCAAAAGCAAAUAUAUCCUUACCUCCCUCUCAAGCACAAUUACAUGCAGCACAACAACCUAUCAAACAAACUAAUGUAAAUAAAUCAACACCACCACAAAAUAAACCAAAUACUAUCUCACCAAAUAAAAAUAUGAAUAAUAAUGAUAAUAAUAGUAAUAAAGAAGAUAAAACAGAUAAUACAGGAUCCAAGAUUACAGUAUUAGACGAUUAUUUUAGCCAAUCACCAAAGGAUAUAGAUGAACCAUAUUUUAAUUUAAUGGAACCUAAUUUAGAUGACAACCUUGACAUAGAAAUUGACGAGUCAGAGUUUCAAAUAUUCAGUACCCAAAGUGGUAAUACCAACUCUAAUGACCCAAUUAAUAAUAAUAAUAAUAAUAAUAAUAAUAACAAUAAUAAUACAAACAAUCCAAUUAUUGAUGAUGAUUUUAAUAUAGAUAUAAAUGAAGAUGAUAUAAUAGCAUCACAAAUAGAACCAGAGCCACCAAAAAAUCAAAAAGUAUUAGUAUCAAAAAAUCAUUCAUCAAAUUUAAGUGGUAAUACCAAAGCAUACUCAUCAGCAACUACCCCAGGAACAUCAAAACCCAAAAGCAUAUUAAAAUAA